AUGGAUGCCAACAAUUUUGUGAUGUCUUCCUAUCAGUUCGUCAACUCGAUUGCCUCCUGCUAUCCCAACAAUGCACAAAACACAAACAGCACGCAAGGUGCUCCGGGAGGCCAGGGAGGCCAAACCGAUGGCUACUUUCCACCAUCCGCCUACACCCCGAACCUCUACCCUGGCACGCCUCAUCAAGCUCACUACAGACCCGGCGCUGGCACCGGUGGCCACCAAGCGAGCGAUAUGGUCGACUACACGCAGUUGCAGCCCCAGAAGUUUCUCCUCAACCAACAACAGCAGCAACAGCAGCAACAGCAGCAGCAGCAGCAGCAACAGCAAUCCGCCCUUAGUUCGCAAAGUUGUAAAUACGCCAGUGAUGGCACUAGUGCAGGUACAAAUGUAGUUAAUAGCAACAAUAACAAUAACAGCACCACGAGCCCUCAGGACCUGAGUACAGCCAGCGGGGCAGGUGGCGGAGGCGGCGGUGCCAGUGCCGGAAAUGGUGGUCGCCCGGAGAUUUCGCCCAAACUGUCCCCGAAUUCGGUCGUGGAAAGUGUAACUCGCUCGCUCAAGUCGGGCAACUCGGCCACCGCCGUGAGCUCUAGCAAUACGAACAACAACACCAGUAACAUCAGCAAUCGCAACCAGGUGAGCCUUCCGCUCGGUAGUCCGGAUGGCGAUGAGUCGGACGCAAGUGAUGACGACAGCGGCACGGAAGGAGGAAGCUCCCAGGGUGGAGGUGGAAGUGGCGGCAAGAAGGGCGGACCUCCUCCACACAUUUAUCCAUGGAUGAAGCGAGUGCAUAUUGGACAAAGUACAGUGAACGCUAACGGCGAGACAAAACGACAGCGCACCUCGUACACCCGUUAUCAGACGCUCGAGCUCGAGAAGGAGUUCCACUUCAAUCGAUACCUGACGCGCCGACGGAGGAUCGAGAUCGCACACGCACUUUGUCUCACCGAGCGGCAGAUCAAGAUCUGGUUCCAGAACCGGCGCAUGAAGUGGAAAAAGGAACACAAGAUGGCGUCGAUGAACAUCGUCCCAUACCAUAUGUCGCCGUACGGACAUCCGUAUCAGUUUGAUAUUCAUCCGUCACAGUUCGCGCAUCUGAGCGCAUAG